AUGGCCUUAAUUGUUCUCCUAGCUCUUCUAGUUUCCCACUCUUUCUGCUUUGAUUUUAGAGCGUCCCUAUUUGAAUACGAUAACAGCACACUUGCCAAAAAAUACGCAGAAGCCUUGGCUGAUGCCCAAAAUCUGACACAAGGCAAAAUAGUAACAACCUUAACACCAAUUCGAGUAGAAAACAAAAAACUGAUUUUCGACGACGCUGGAAGAGUAUUAUUAGCCACUUUUUCAUUGGAGCAAGACUACCCAGACACGAGUGGAAAUAUCACAUUAACAAGCGAUACUUGGUUUACUGCAGUCCCAGAGCUUCAAAAUGCCUGCCAAACUUAUGAAGGCAAUAAAACUCUCAGAAUUCUUCAAGCCCUUGGAAUGCCUCCAAGCGACUCUGAUAAUGGUAUAGCCGAAAUCUUCGUAAAUCUUCAAGAUAUUUUUAGACCUUGUCCUGAUCCAGAGAUUUCUGAUAUGGAAUGCGAGCUAAAUAUCCCGAUAAUAGGAAAACAGAAACCAUCAGACCAGAAAAUUCCAUGGUAUUGUCCUACUGAAAACGAAAAAAUCAACGAAGUUUCAGCACAGUGGGUAAAUGUAGUUAUAGAUCAUUUAAUUUGGAUGUGCAAUAACUGGAAUGGCUCUUAUUAUCAAGAAGAACUGUAUAAUAACUACCCUUGGACUGGGCUUGGGUACACAUAUGACUGGGGAAACAGUAAAAGCCAUGUGGGAUUCAGCGAAUUUGUGGUAAAAGCAGGGACACAAGUGUAUUUCAGCAAGAAAGCAUCCACAGAUGACUAUUGCACUAAAAGUUAA